AUAUUUUUGCAAGAAUAAACGAUAACAAAAUGCCUACACCGAAUAUUCUUGUUAAUUCAGUUCAAGAUGAUAAUAAUGAUAGUGAAAAUCUUAAGACAUCAGUCAUGUUGAAACACUCAAAACUUUCUGUACCAAAGUUAAGGAUUGUUAAUGAUGAUGCUGAUGAAACAGAAAAUAACACUGCCAGUGAUGAUGACGAAGAUGUAAUGACAGCUGAAGAAGAAGCCGCUGCUGCACGUCGAUUUCUUAGCGGAAGUGAUUCAACGGAACAACGCAGAAUGUCGUCACUUGAUAUGUAUCUUUCUCAACCAGAAGUUAAACCAGAAUCUAUGAUAAUCAACCGUCACGUUAGUUUGAAGGCAGAAGAAAAGGAUUAUGAAACAGAACAACAGCGCUUACUUCAAGAAGAGCGUGAGGAAAUGGAGAAACACCAAGAACAAUUGCGCAAAGAACGUGAAGAGGUCAAGAAAGCUAGAGCAUCCAAAAGACACUCAAAGGUAAUUGAAGAGCAAGAGGUUAAUCGAAAUCAUCAAGCACGAAGAAUGACCUAUCGAAAGCAAGGUCUUGGAGGUAUGAGUAAAGAGAGAAGAAAAAAACUAAAGGAAAUGAUAAUGCAAAAGCGAAAGAUGAGCUGGAAAAGAGCACCACCAUUCGACAUUGAUGGUUUAAGUCAAACUCAACUUCAAGAAAAGAUUAAAUCAUGGUAUGAAUGCAUCAAAGAUCUGGAAUCACAAAAAUAUGAUUGGGAGCAAAGGUUACGAAAGCAGGAUGAAGAGAUUAAUGAUUUGACGGCUCAACUAUGCGCAAUCAAAGGUCACUUCCAAAAACCUAUUCUUCGCAGAGUUCCUAAGCCUAUGCCUUCCGAGAGAUUACGUGCAAUGAGUGCAGCACCAAGCUUUACAACUAAAGGUGGACACGCAAAUUUUGUUGAGUUGAAGAGAAAGAAGUCAGAUACUAAUAGGCCUAUGGAACAAUAUAUGUUCACUUCACAAAAAAUAAUGAAAGAAUAA